CAGAAUGAAGGAGCUGAUGUCCAAUAGUACAACCAGCAUAUCCCAAGCAAGGAAAGCUGUGGAGCAAUUAAAAAUGGAAGCGUACAUGGAUAGGAUGAAGGUAUCCAAGGCUGCUGCUGAUUUAUUGGCAUACUGUGAUGCUCAUAUUGGAGAAGAUCCCCUUAUUAUUCCAGUGCCUGCAUCUGAAAAUCCCUUUAGGGAGAAGAAACUCUUUUGUACGAUCCUUUGAGUCAGUUUUCAGUUAACAUGUCUUUUGUUAAAAUUUGUUACCAGUGAUGCAUGCUCUAAUUCUUUGUAUUUUUUCUUCAAUUAUCAAUAGGAAACCCAUAAUUACAGUAUUUUAGGAGGUAGUGCAUUUUAUGAUAAAUAAAAUUGACUCCUAACAA